AUGACUACUACGCCUGCUGCUGACAUGGUCACAGUACUGCAGUCAUCCCUCACAGCGUAUGUGAGAGGUCACCGGGCUGGCCGCGCGCUAUGCUUCUUCAUCAUCAGCACACCCAGAUUCUGUGCACUGCUGCGCUGUGAAAGAGGCAAUCUUGGCGACGGCGGUGGCUUCAUCGACUACGAGAAGCGGCGCAACCUGAAGUUAGGCUCGGAGCACUACACGGACUUCAGCUCUGACCCGCAAAGCUCCGAUCGACGAGGGCAGAAGUGGCGCACGAUGGAUCGCACGGCGUCGCUGUUUUUCACUCUUGGGCUGCUGGAGGCAAACUGCCGCCACAGCUACCUUGUGUUUCUUGUGAACUACUGUGCUGUGCUCAUCCGAACUUUGCCCCGAAUAAAGGAAAGAAAAACCUGCAGAAGAGUCAUUCAGAACGUACAGGAUCACAUGGAGGCUAUCAUGCAGUCUUUAACGUAUCUUGCGAACGACUACCCGCACGAGUACCUGAGUCAUCUGAUCAUGGAAAACGUGCCGAGGCCGUUGAGUGGCGACCGGGAUUUUCACAGCUCGAUGGGGGCCAGCUCCCACGCGGGCAGCCGGAACAUUCUCUCCCUUGGCAGCGAUCAGCACCGCCACCUGUAUGCCUCUGGCUGCCCGUGGACACCUACGCAGUCGGCGCUGAUUCCGCUGAUCCUGCUUCGCAGUAUUCGUCUGAGCGUUCAGGAGACUGUGAGCCGCACCGCGCAAGCGCAGCUGCGCUCUCCUGCGCAGCGCCUGACCUACCACUACACGGGGUGGAACUUCGACACUGGACUUGUGAUCGUGCCUGGGUGCAAUCUGUACAUGCUGCGGAAGUCGCUGCCUGGCUUUGUGCCUGGGAAGAGCACUUUGGCGCACCACAUCACCAUGGCAGAGCAGGAGGAGUUCCACCUGCCGAUAGGAGGGGCGGAGGGCCGCUUGCGGGACGGCAGUGCUGCUGUGCCGGUGCCGGGGCACGGCAAUGACGCCGCACGCGGCUCCCGCCACAACUCCAGGGUACCGGAGGGCAGUGCUGCUGCGGCGAAGCGGGAGGCGCGUAUAAAGAAGUGUGAAGAGAAGCUCAUCAUGAAGCGGCGGAACAUCAACACAGACCUCAACCUCAGCGACGAGCGCACGUGCGUCGCCCUCUGCUUGGAGGAGGCAUGUGCCCUUGUCCUUCCCAUCCUCUUUCUCUCACUCGUCCUGCGAAAGGUGUCCGGUGAUCCUGACUACAUGGAAAGCUACGUUUCGCUGAAGGCGCUGGGAACGGGACUCUACGGCCCCGAGUCGAGCGAGUGGAACAUUAUAGCGAAUAUCGUACGCAAGCACUUGGAAGAGUAA